AUGGCACCAUGUGAAGCGUUGUAUGGAAGGAAAUAUAGGUCACCAAUUUAUUGGAGUGAUGUUGGUGAAAGACAAUUGUUAGGACCGGAAUUAGUUCAGCAAACUUUGGAGAAAGUAGAACUAAUUCAGCGGAGAAUGAAGACUGCCCAAAGCUGUCAGAAAAGCUUUGCGGAUGUGAGAAUAAGACCUUUAGAAUUUGAAGAAGGCGACAAAAUGUUUCUAAAAGUUGAGCCGAUGAAGGGAGUGACGAGGUUUGGUAAGAAGGGGAAGUUGACCCCUAGAUAUGUGGGACCGUUUGAGAUACUAGAAAGAGUUGGUACAGUGGCUUACAGAGUUGCUUUACCACCAGAUUUGACUAACAUUCAUAAUGUAUUUCACGUGUCCAUGUUGAAGAAGUAUAUAGCCGAUCCAUCUCAUAUCCUACACUAUGAGCCGUUACAAUUGAAGGAAGACCUUUCUUACGAGGAAGAACCCGUGAAAAUCCUGGAUAGAAAAGAGAAAGUGUUGUGGAAUCGAUCCGUGUCACUAGUUAAAGUACAAUGGAAGAAUAAUUCAGGCCGGGAAGCGUCAUGGGAAAUGGAAGCUGAGUUGUGGGAUCAAUAUCCUCAACUAUUCGAAUCUUGA